CCGCAGCCCACCCGGGGGGAGGCGGCCCCAAGCGCCCCUGAACCUUCCCAUGGCCCGGGCGAGGGCCCGGGGCCUCGGCUGCUAACGCGCUCGAAGCCCGCGGAACCGGGGAAGCCGGGGCCGCGGCGCCCACCCCGGCUCAGGCGCAGCGGCGAGAGGGCGCGGGCAGGGCCAUGGCCCCGGGGGUUCGCUAGCGCGGGUCGGCCCGACCCGGAGCCAACGUGCAGUCGCCGCCGCCCGGGCGCCCAGGCCCCGUCGCCGCGGAAGAGGUGUCCAGACAGCGGAUCCCGCCCUCUGGGCCCCAGGCCCCUGCCACAAUGCCUGCUGCUGGCCUCCUCCUCUGGGCUUCCCUGCUGACCGGAGCUUGGCCAGCCACCCCCCUGCAGGAUCACCUCCUGGCCACACCCCGGGUACGGCUCUCAUUCAAAGAGCUCAAGGCCACGGGCACUGCCCAUUUCUUCAACUUCCUGCUCAACACAACUGACUACCGCAUCCUGCUCAAGGACGAGGACCAUGACCGCAUGUAUGUGGGCAGCAAGGACUACGUUCUGUCGCUGGACCUGCACGACAUCAACCGGGAGCCCCUCAUUAUCCACUGGGCAGCCUCCCCACAGCGCAUUGAGGAGUGUGUGCUCUCGGGCAAGGACGGCAACGGUGAGUGCGGGAACUUCGUCAGGCUUAUUCAGCCCUGGAACCGAACACACCUGUACGUGUGUGGGACUGGCGCCUACAACCCCGUGUGCACCUACGUGAACCGUGGCCGCCGCGCACAGGCCACGCCCUGGACCCAGACGCAGGCGGUCAGAGGCCGCGGCAGCAGAGCCACGGAUGGCGCCCUACGCCCGACGCCCACAGCCCCACGCCAGGAGUACAUCUUCUACCUGGAGCCAGAGAGACUCGAGUCCGGGAAGGGCAAGUGUCCGUACGACCCCAAGCUGGACACGGCCUCAGCUCUCAUCAAUGAGGAGCUCUAUGCCGGUGUGUACAUCGAUUUCAUGGGCACCGACGCAGCCAUCUUCCGCACGCUGGGGAAGCAAACAGCCAUGCGCACUGACCAGUACAACUCUCGGUGGCUCAAUGAUCCUUCCUUCAUCCACGCCGAGCUCAUCCCUGACAGCGCCGAGCGCAAUGACGACAAACUCUACUUCUUCUUCCGGGAGCGCUCUGCCGAGGCGCCGCAGAGCCCCGCCGUGUACGCCCGCAUCGGGCGGAUCUGCCUGAAUGAUGAUGGCGGCCACUGCUGCCUGGUCAACAAGUGGAGCACGUUCCUGAAGGCACGCCUGGUGUGCUCGGUGCCUGGGGAGGAUGGUAUCGAGACCCACUUCGAUGAACUCCAGGACGUGUUUGUCCAGCAGACGCAGGACGUGAGGAACCCUGUCAUCUAUGCGGUCUUCACCUCUUCAGGCUCCGUGUUCCGAGGUUCCGCUGUCUGUGUCUACUCCAUGGCUGACAUCCGCAUGGUCUUCAAUGGGCCUUUUGCCCACAAAGAGGGCCCCAACUACCAGUGGAUGCCCUUUUCAGGGAAGAUGCCCUACCCACGGCCUGGCACGUGCCCUGGAGGGACCUUCACGCCGUCCAUGAAGUCCACCAAGGACUACCCUGACGAGGUGAUCAACUUCAUGCGCAGCCACCCCCUCAUGUACCAGGCCGUGUACCCCCUGCAGCGACGUCCCCUGGUGGUCCGCACGGGCGCGCCCUACCGCCUCACCACCGUCGCCGUGGACCAGGUGGACGCAGCCGACGGGCGCUAUGAGGUGCUUUUCCUGGGCACAGACCGCGGGACAGUUCAGAAGGUCAUUGUGCUGCCCAAGGAUGACCAGGAGAUGGAGGAGCUCAUGCUGGAAGAGGUGGAGGUGUUCAAGGAACCAGCACCUGUGAAGACCAUGACCAUCUCUUCCAAGCGGCAACAACUGUACGUGGCCUCAGCAGUGGGGGUCACGCACCUGAGCCUGCACCGCUGCCAGGCGUAUGGGGCAGCCUGUGCCGACUGCUGCCUCGCCCGGGACCCCUACUGCGCCUGGGAUGGCCAGGCCUGCUCACGCUACACUGCAUCCUCCAAGAGGCGGAGCCGUCGGCAGGACAUCCGACACGGAAACCCCAUCAGGCAGUGCCGUGGGUUCAACUCCAAUGCCAACAAGAAUGCCGUGGAGGCCGUGCAGUACGGCGUGGCGGGCAGUGCCGCCUUCCUUGAGUGCCAGCCCCGCUCGCCCCAGGCCACCGUGAAGUGGCUGUUCCAGCGAGAUGCCAGCGACCGUCGCCGAGAGAUCCGCGCCGAGGACCGCUUCCUGCGCACAGAGCAGGGCUUACUGCUACGCGCCCUGCAGCUCGGGGACCGAGGUCUCUACUCCUGCACAGCCACCGAGAACAACUUCAAGCACGUGGUCACGCGGGUCCAGCUGCACGUCCUGGGCCGGGAGGCCGUCCAUGCCGCCCUCUUCCCACCGCCGGCUGUGAGCGCCCCACCACCUCCAGGCGCAGGCCACCCCACACCUCCCUACCAGGAGCUGGCCCAGUUGCUGGCCCAGCCAGAAGUGGGCCUCAUCCACCAGUACUGCCAGGGCUACUGGCGCCACGUGCCCCCCAGUCCCAGGGAGGCACCAGGGGCUCCCCGGCCUCCCGAACUCCAGGACCCGAAAAAACCCCGGAACCGCCGCCACCAUCCACCGGACACUUGAGGCCCAGCCGUGGGAGCCCCGCCACAGGCCAGCUGGGCCCAUCCCUUUAAUAUAAAGAUCUAUAUAUAUAUAUAUAAAUAUAUAAAUAUAAAAAAUAUCUAUAUUCUAUACACACCCACCCCUGCAAAGACAGUAUUUAUUGGUGGGUUGUACCCAGCCCACCUCAGCGGCGGCAGCACCCACAGCUCAGACCCUUGCUGGCCUGAUGGCAGGCGACAGCGGGGGGGACCGGGCCAGACCGAGCAGUCCCCACACUCAGCUGGGAGUCGGCUUCUGGAUCACCCUCGCCCACCGGGAUCUCCAGGACCUCCGCAGGAUCUACACGGGAGGGACGCGCGCCACCGGAGCAAGGCACAGACUGUCCCCUGUACCAGCGGCAUGUGCACCCCGGGGUGCAAAGACUGCUGGGAGCAGGGCAAGGGUGGGGUGCAGAUGCUUCUAGAGAAAGGGCGCCUACAGGAUGCCGGGGCCCGGAGUGGGGGUGGGGUGGCCUCAUUGGGGCCCUCCCUCCGGGCCUUUCUCCUCUAUUGGGGGCAGGAGAGAAGCCCUGGGUGGGGAGGCAGCACCUCCACCCCUUUCCCCCCUGCCUGGGCCAGCAGGGCUGCCCCCCUCUACCUCCUCUUAGCUUUUUC